AUGCACAGGUUCCAUAUGAAACUGACGAAAUCUUCGAUGCCAUCCACGACUACUGCUUAUCCGGCAGAUCUCAUUGAGAACAACUUUACCGACGCGACCGUUGUUUGGCCUAAAAAGAAGGUCGGAGGGCUCAAUCCUUUUCUCGGUACGUUGUCCUAGACACUAAUUUACAUAAAAAACGAGUUCAAAGUCCGCGUCCGUUCUUGCAAACCUAAUGAUGUCAAGUUUUUCAAUGUCUGAGUGUAGAACUGAGAAGAAAUGCAAAAGAACACCACAGAGACGUCCUUCAUGUGACACUCUCGGGACACAUAACGUCAACUCCAGCCAUUUCUAUUUGAAUAUCAAAUGAAAGAAAGACUGACAGAAAGGCGAUAAAUCAUUUUUCUAAUAGAAGACGUUGCGUGAAGAACGAGCAUUUUUUUCUGGUGUUAGAAAACAUCACCGCCCCCGAAGUACUCGACACCCCUGUCCAUUCUGACCUUCUUCCGUCGCCUUCGAAAUGGCACUUCCAGAUGAGUCUUCCGACGUUUUCUUUCUUGUUUCCGUCGUCGCUCCUCUUCUAUUUUGUUGCUUCGCGAUCUUUGUCUGCGCGCUCAAUAGCAUCUGGAAAACCCGCAGCAGGCUCGAGUAAGUUCACAUCUCCGAAAACCUGCAUGUUAUGUUCAUUUUUUCAGAGCGAUGGCUCAAGGCGGAAAACAACGUGAGCCAACAGAGUACACCGAGUUUACUAUCGACUUGACCACUAAAAUGGACUCGUGUGUCGAGCUCUCAUCGCCACAAAUCAGCUCGAAAGAGGUGGGCAGAUUAGGGGUCGUGACGUUUAAUCUAAUACUUUUCCAUUUAGGAAUCGGUCCUACUUUAA